AUGGAGAUGGACGAUGAUCUAGAUCCUGAGAUGCCACCAACUGGGACGCCAACACAUCCCAUCAGUAUCUCCAGCGGUUCUCCUUAUGAAGGAUCGCCAUAUCAAGGCCCCGAAUCAUGGGCCGAAAGGUGGAACACGUACCAAUGGGAAUUUACACCUUCUUUUCAUAACUCUCCUCCACAACCUCCAUUGGAGGAACCGUAUCUUCAGGCGGUUACUCCACCGCCAUUGCCCGUUGAGGAACCACCUCAACAACCACCAGAACCACCUCCUGAGCCACCAAGGCGGAGGAGGAAUGCAUGGAUGUCCGUGCGAGGGGGACCAAGAUUCAGUUCCCCACAAGCUUCAACUACCUACCCUCCUAUUCUUGAAGAUCCACAAAUGGGUGGACCUUCUCACGCGGUGCCGGAAAAUGAUCCCUCGCCAGAAAAGGUUGCACCACCGCCACCGCCAAUGGGUUAUGAAAACCCAAUACCAACUUACCCAGGUUCAUCUGGGUAUAACCCGUUUGAAUAUCAAACUCCUACGGGUUAUGAAUAUCAAGCCCCUGCCCAGGAUCCAUAUCUUGAGGCAGCUCAAUUUAAUGCACUUUAUCCCUCACCAUUUCCUCCAGUAUACCCAACUGGGUAUCCCGUGCAAGGGUAUCAAUACCCUCCUUAUCAACAACAACCUCCACUUCCACAACUGCAAGCGCAACAAAUCCUACAGAGGCUGGAUCAGGUUGAACAGAAAGCAGAGGAACGCGAUAAGAAGCACAACAAAUUUCUUAAAGGUCUCGCGAAUUUCAUAAAGGGCAAGAUGAAGUAG